UCGCAGGAGUCCCUCCCUGGUAGGCAGCAGAGCGGGGGACUUGCAGAAACUGCAGGAUUCCUGCUGGAUAUCCUACCGAGAGGCAGAAAACCCCCAAAGCCUUAAUGCCAGAUGAAGUCUUCAAGGAUUUUUGUGUAAGCUUUCACCCUUCCCCUGUGACAGCAUAUUGAAGCUAAAGAAAAUGUAGGAAGGAGGCAGGUGGCUGAGAGAAGUGAGAAGACGGUGGUGUGCUGAGCUCAGUUUUUGGAAGGAAGGAAGAACUGAAGGGAGGGUUUGAGCUUCAUCUGGGGUGGAACUCUCUGUAAAGAUUUUUUCAAAGGACUGACUGGAUGCCCGUCGGGUUGAACGCUUGCUAGCCGAAAGCUGAAGCGUGGUCACCAGCCUGUGCGGAGCAGAACAGGAUGCGGGUCACCAUGAGGAGGGUUUUGCUGGUGGUGGGCUCGGUGGUCGCCCUGAUGGUGACGCUGCACCUCGGCCAGCAGGUCCUGGAGUGCCAGCAGGUCCUGAGCGAGAGGAGGCACAGGCUGAUGAGACCCGAGAACGAGGAGCUGGUCAUGGUGGACUCCAACCACGUCGAGUACCGUUACAGCAAGGAGAUGCCCCUGAUAUUCAUUGGCGGGGUCCCGCGGAGCGGCACGACUCUGAUGAGGGCCAUGCUCGAUGCCCACCCCGAGGUGCGCUGCGGAGAGGAGACCCGCAUCAUCCCCCGCGUGCUGGCGAUGCGGCAGGCCUGGUCCAAAUCGGGGCGAGAGAAGAUGCGCCUGGACGAAGCGGGGGUGACAGACCAAGUUCUGGAUGCCGCCAUGCAGGCCUUUAUACUGGAAGUGAUCGCCAAGCACGGCGAGCCAGCCAGGUAUUUAUGUAACAAGGACCCCUUCACGCUGAAGUCUUCUGUCUACCUGUCCAGGCUGUUCCCCAAUUCCAAAUUCCUCCUGAUGGUUCGAGACGGCCGGGCUUCGGUCCACUCCAUGAUCACGCGGAAGGUGACGAUCGCGGGCUUUGACCUGAACAGCUACCGCGACUGCCUGACCAAGUGGAACAAAGCCAUCGAGGUGAUGUACUCCCAGUGCCUGGAGAUCGGGCGGUCCCGGUGCCUGCCCGUCUACUACGAGCAGCUGGUGCUGCACCCCGAGCAGUCCAUGCAUGCCAUCAUGAAGUUCCUGGACAUCUCCUGGAGCGACACGGUGCUGCACCACGAGGAGCUGAUCGGGAAGCCCGGCGGGGUGUCGCUUUCCAAGAUAGAAAGAUCAACAGACCAGGUUAUCAAGCCGGUGAACAUGGAGGCGUUAUCUAAAUGGAUCGGGCACAUUCCGGGAGACGUGCUGCAGGACAUGGCCCACAUCGCACCGAUGCUCGCCAGGCUCGGCUACGACCCCUACGCCAACCCGCCCAACUACGGCCACCCCGACCCCUUAGUUGUCAACAACACGCACAGAGUUUUAAAGGGGGAUUAUAAAACGCCAGCCAAUUUGAAAGGUCACCUGCAGGUGACUCAGAACACAUCAUCUUCUCACUAAGAAAAUUAAUGAUUUCCAGAAUGCUGCAAAUGGCCUUUUGUUGCCCGACAAAGAAGAAUUUGCAACGGCACCCGUGGAAAUCGGUUAUCCAAGCAUAUUGCUUGCUCCUACUCUUGCCAAAACGACUGCCGCGUACGAUGGAUGCAUUUGCAUUUAUUUGCAAAGGCCGAGCGUUGGGCAGGCCGCGCGCUGGGCGGUGGCAUCGCCUGCGGGAAUCCCGUCCUGGCCUGGGGGGUCGGCGGGUUUUGUCGCAUUUCAACGUCUCCUAACGCGGGUCAGAAAUGGGCGCGCUGACCUUGGGGAGCCUUUGUCGUGCGAGUGACACCCCCACACCCCCCCCACCCCGCUCCCCACAGCCCUUCACUGUGACUUACAGAGGCUAUUGCAGAGUUAAUAUAUGAGCCCGCCCCCCCCCCCGCCUCCUUCCUUUGUUGCACACCAUUAAAAUAUUGUUUUAAUAA